AUGGCGACGAUGCUGAUCUUCUCGCUGUGCCUGUAUCUGCUUCUAGUGCCGGAGCAGGCUAACGCCUCGUCAUUCCCCGCCCAGGUGCCCCUUGCGGACGCCACCGAACCGUUAGACUCGUGGCUGGCGCGCCAAACUCCCUACGCUCUAGAUGGCGUCCUGAAUAAUCUCGGCGCCGAUGGGGCCAAAUCGAUCGGAGCAAACCCGGGCUCCGUCGUAGCGAGUCCUAGCAAGGCUAAUCCGGACUACUUCUUUACGUGGACGCGCGAUGCCGCUCUGACGGUUCGCUGCCUCGUCGACAUUGCCAUCGCGACGGACGAUGCGACGGUCCACACGGCCGUUCAGCAAUACGUCUCGUUUCAAGCUCAGCUACAGUCUAUUUCCAAUCCGUCUGGUCGUCUGGACACAGGAGGUCUCGGCGAGCCCAAGUUCCAUGUCGAUGGAUCGGCCUUCACCGGCGAUUGGGGACGACCGCAGAGAGACGGGCCUGCGCUGCGGGCAGUGACUUUGAUCACCUAUGCAAACUGGCUGAUUGAUCAUAACCACUCCUCCGUCGCGGAGACCAUCUGGCCCAUCAUCCGCAACGAUCUCUCGUACGUCUCCGAGUACUGGAACUCCACUACCUUUGAUCUCUGGGAAGAAACCCUCGGCUCCUCCUUCUUCACCACCUCCGUCCAAUACUCCUCUCUCACCCUAGGCUCUACCCUCGCCACCCGCCUCAACACCAGCUGUCCCAACUGUCUGUCUCAAGCGCCUCAAACUCUCUGCUUUCUCCAAUCCUUCUGGUCUCCAGACAACUCACACAUCUUCGCCAACCAUCACGCCCCCUUCCGGUCCGGCAAAGACGUCAAUACCAUUCUCGCAGCCAUUCACACCUUCGACCCGCUCGCGCCCGAUUGCUCAGACCUCACUUUCCAGCCUUGUUCGUCGCGCGCCCUCGCCAAUCAUAAGGUUGUUGCGGAUUCUUUUCGUCGACUGUAUCCAAUCAAUCGAGGGGUACCUGUGAACCAACCGAUCGCGUUCGGUCGCUACCCGGAAGAUGUGUACAUGGGUGGGCAGCCGUGGUAUUUGACUACCCUGGCUGCGGCGGAGCAUUUGUAUCGAGCUGUUGAGCAGUGGAAGAGGUUUGGGGAGGUAACGGUCACGGAUUUGAGUUUGGGGUUUUUUGGUGACGUGUAUGAUCGUAGCGUUGAGGUUGGUGUGUAUCAACGAGGAGAAGAUGGAGAUGGAGAUGUAUAUGAGGGGAUACUACGCGCAGUGAUGCACUAUGCAGAUGGGUAUUUGCGAAUUGUGCAAAAUUAUACACCCCCCAAUGGCGCCCUCUCCGAACAAUUCUCCCGCCACGACGGCCUCCCCAUCUCAGCACGCGACCUGACCUGGUCCUACGCCGCCUUAUUGACAGCUGCGCGAGCCCGUCAAAGCGCAUCCUCAACUUCCCCGGCUCUAUCCCCAGUUCCAUCCCCAAAUCCAACCCCUUCUCUCCCACCUACAUGUCUCCCAUCUUCCGCCAAAGGACCCUACAUCAACCCCCCUGUAAAUAAAACAAUCCCGUUCCCUAUACCUCCAUCUUGCAAAACUCCAAGUCCCAUAUCAAUAAGAUUCAACAUCCUCUCCUCAACCCGCCUAGGAGAAUACAUCUACCUGGCCGGUUCGCUCCCCGCACUAGGCUCCUGGGCCGUGGACAAGGCGUUGAAGAUGCGCGCGGACGAGUACAGCGUCGAUAUGCCGUUGUGGUAUGUCAUUGUGGACGAAGGGCUACGCGGGGCUAUGGAGUACGAGUAUAAGUUCUUUAGACGAGGGGAGGAGGGUGCGGGGGACGUUGUUUGGGAGGAAGGGGGCAAUCGAAGGGGGGUUGUUAGGGAUGGAAGGGGUGGGUUGGAGGGGUGUGCGGUUGGGAGGGUUAAUGAUGUUUGGAGGGGGUAUAAUUUUGAGGGAUAG